AUGCAAAGGGCAUCCAUUAUCGCGGAGCAUGUCUCCCCAGGCCAUUUUCAUUCCACGGUGCUCACUAUUGUGGGCGGCGGCAACUCAGGUCACGUGUGUGCCUCUCUCGUCCACGGCAACACCGAGGGCCGGGUCCGUGUCCAACUGCUGACCACCAAACCAGAGGCUUGGAUCAGCUCACCUGUGGUCCGUUUCCCCGAUGGAUGUAAGGACUACCUUGGUGCUCUCGCAGUCGCCGCCAGGGAUCGUCGUGGUUUUCUUGUUCCAGCCUCGCAAGAAGGCCUGGUCGAUAAGGUUUCGUCGGAGCCCAACGAAGUUCUGCCCAAUGCCGACAUAAUUCUGUGGACUGGUCCAGUCAGCGCCACCAAAGAGGUCAUGAUAGGCCUAUUAGGCGCACGAUUCGGUCUAUAG